UCGCCUCGCUCACUCACAGAACUCACAACAGAAAUCGAUUUAGUUCACGAUUCACGAAUCGAAAUCGCAAUCGGCCUUGACACUUGACAGUUGACACAAUCGGCUCUCGCUCUCUGCCUCUCUCGACUAUCGACUGCCGUCUGCGGCUGCCUCUCUCGUCGCUCUCGACUAUUGCCUGCUCACUGCCGUCGCCCGUCUGCCUCUCUCUUGUGAGUUGUUUCUUGUGAGGGAGAUAAAACCAAUUAUGAAGGAUGCAUAAGUCAUGGACCAUGGGUGGAUUUAAUGGACGUGUUAGCACACACCUUGAUGCUAUUGGGAUAUAUGUGAUGCCUGAAUCACUUGCACUUGGUCAAAACUCUACAACUAAAGACAAUUCCAUGCAUGAGUUUCAGGUCUCAUAAACAAAAUGGUUCCUACUUGCAACAAAUAACGUGAAGAGACCAUUGUAGCAGAUGAGAUAAAGGGUGGAAAUGAGGUUGAUGAGAGAGAGAGAUGGAUCAGUUGGUUUCUGAUUUCAAGAACUUUCUUUGUCAUGAUGGAUCUAUUUAUGAUGCUUGGUUCAGUUGUGCAUCAAUCAGGUGGCACAGGUUCUGUUGACGUUGCCAUACUCUCUCUCAAUUGGCGAUGGCUUCAGGAAUCAUACUACAAGUAUUGUAUGAUUUGCUUGGGAGUUGGACUGCUUAUCUCAUCAGUUCUGUAUGUAGAGUACAAAAUCAGAAAGAAAGAGAAUGUCAGCUUCAAGAAUCAUGUUAUACAGUAAAAAUCUCCAUUUACCUGGUCUUGAUUGAUUAAUGAAUGAUUGGAUUAGCCUGCGAGUUUGGUUUCGAGAUAUGUCAAAUGCUUCGAUAAAUUUUGUUUUGUUCCAUAUCUGUUAAGAAUCAAUUAUUCACACCUCCCAAAUUCUCGAUCUGUUCCCCACUUCAUGAGUCAUGGUUUUAUGUUUUUUCUUUGCAGCAAUGGGGUUUGUUUUUCUUUUUGGGCAGAGUAGAGGGCAGAAACAGAAGUCCCUUGGUUUUUACAACAACCAUGUAUAACAUAGAGAUUUAUUUGGUCUGUCUAGCGAAGGGCUUUUUGGGUUUUACGGCAACUCACAACCAAAUAUUGGAACCAGUAACAUAGAGAGUAAAACUAUAGAGUAGAGGGCAGAAACAUCGGGCCUCUUGGGUUUUACAACAACCACAUAUAGGAACAGUUCCAGGCACAGCCACCUUCUACCAGCAAUAUACUCGUAAGUCCUCACUCUUUUCCUUCUGAUAUGUAUAUGUAUAUGCAUAUAAAUGUGAGUCCAAAAGAAGACAUGAUAAAAGAGAACUAAGGAACUCAUCUGAACUACAUAUCUAAUCCAAUCGGACUGUUGUAUAUAUAGGGACAGUGUAUCUGAAAGAGUGAAAAAGUGUUUUCGUUGUUGUGGAAUAAGAAGCCUUUGUAUCUUAAUGCACGUAUCUAUUUGAAACCUCAGGAUCGACCCUGUGUAUAGUGAUGGGUAUCUCUAAGACUUCGCAAAAAUUUCUUUUAAAAAUGGGUUCUUUUCUUGGUUUGGAUGAGCUCCUUGUAGAAUCAAAACCAAACCAAAACCUUUUUAUUUUUAAACUCAAGAGCUAUGUGUUUUUAGAUUUUAUAUUGUUCAAGUUAAAGAAAAUCAAUUCUACAUCCGCUUCAUAGUCUAACUUCUGAUGUCUCACAUUUUUGUUUUCUGAUCUGAUUAAUUAACACUUGAUGAAACAAACUCAAUCUGUUAUUGUAAUUUAUAUGUCGUUUCUAACAUCGUUCUUCUAUAAAACUUUGGCAACAGCCUCUGCAUGUUAUGGGAACACGCCUCAGGGUGUCAUGAUAGCCGCAGCAAGUGAUCCUCUGUGGAACAAUGGAGCUGUUUGUGGCAAGACGUUCUCCGUUAAGUGCAUUGGUGCAACAAACCCUUUUCCUCACCCUUGCAUCGACCGUAAAACGAUCACUGUUAAAAUUGUCGAUCACUGUCCAGGAUGUGGUGGAAAUCUUGACCUCUCGAAAGAAGCUUUUGCACUAAUCGCGAAUCCUGUUGCUGGAAUUAUCAAGAUCGAUUAUCAGGAAUUGUAGAUUGUUCAUGAAUUUGGUUUUUGGUUAGUAGAAACCUAUUUUUUUUUAAAAUACAAGAAGGGUAUUUUAUAACUUUGUAAGA